AUGUCAAAUCCAUAUGGAUACUCCAAUGAUGUAUAUCAACAACAACAAUCUAAUUUACAACAUCCACAACCUCAAUAUUCACAACCAUUACCAAACUCAAAUGCUCAUCAACAUUCACAACAACAACAACAACAUCCAGGUCAACAAUCUACUGGUGCACAACAACAACAUCCAAAUCAAUUUAAUUUCUUAAAUGAUCCAGCAGCAGCAUUAGCAUCACAAUUUGCAAGAUCAGGAUUUCAACAAUCAAAUCAAUAUAUUCAAGAUAAUUUUGGUACUAUAUCAGGAGAUAUUAAAUAUUAUUUUCAAGUUAGUAAUUCAUAUGUAUUUAAAAAGAUUUUACUCAUAUUGUUUCCAUUUCAACAAAAGGAUUGGAGUAGAAUAAGUACAAAAGAAACUGGUAUAAAUCAAUAUUUACCUCCAUCUCAUGAUAUAAAUGCACCUGAUUUAUAUAUUCCAAUAAUGUCAUUUAUUACUUAUAUUUUAUUAUGGGCUGCAUUUCAAGGUCUUAAUGGAGAAUUUCAUCCACAAUUGUUUGGAUAUUUAGCUUCUCAAACAUUAGCAUUUUCUAUAUUAGAUGUUGUAAUUUUUAAAAUUGGAUUAUAUUUAUUAAAUUGUUCACAAAUUAAAAUUUACGAUAUUGUAAGUUUUGCAGGUUAUAAAUAUGUUUCAAUUAUAAUGCUUUUAGUAAUAAAACAUACUGUGGGUUCAUAUUUGGGAAUUUUUUAUUAUUUGGUUGUAUUUGUUUUAAUAAUUUGUUUAUCUGUGUUUUUAAUGAGAUCUUUAAGAUUUAUUAUUUUACCUACUAAUGGAACUAAUUCAACUGUUAAUAAUAAUGUUACUAGUAAACAAAGGAAAAUAAGAAUACAAUUUUUAUUUGUUUAUUCUGUUUUAAUUCAAGGUGUUAUUAUACUUUAUAUGAGUAAAUAA